AUGAACGGGAAGGCGAAUGUUUCUAAAGAGCUCAAUGCCAGGCACAAAAAGAUCUUGGAAGGCCUGAUGAAAUUGCCCGAGAAUAGGGAAUGCGCAGACUGCAAGGCAAAGGGUCCAAGAUGGGCAAGUGUGAAUUUGGGUAUCUUUAUAUGCAUGCAGUGUUCUGGGAUCCACAGGAGUCUUGGAGUACACAUAUCAAAGGUUCGAUCUGCAACCCUCGACACUUGGCUCCCAGAGCAGGUUGCAUUUAUCCAGUCCAUGGGAAAUGAAAAGGCAAAUAGCUAUUGGGAAGCUGAACUGCCUCCAAACUACGACAGAGUUGGAAUUGAGAAUUUUAUUCGUGCAAAGUAUGAUGAUAAGAGGUGGGUACCUAAGGACGGGAAAACACAAUCUCCUCCAAGACGGCAGGAUGAAAGUUAUUUGCAAAAGCCAAAACCAGUGGAAAGAAGUAGGCAUGCUCAAACUGGCAGCUCUGAAAAUCUAUUUGAGGGACGGAGGAAUUCACCUGCACAAACUUCAAAAGACCGAGUUCCUGCUGCACGAAUAAGUAUUCCUGUACCUCCCAAAGGACCUGAACAGGUUACCCCUCCUAAGCUUGUCCAUAAAGUUGAACCUGUGACAGAGCCAGCUGAGUCCGCAAAGAAGGCAGCUGAUCCUACACCAACUGUCACUCAGCCUAAGGUGGAUUAUGCUACUGAUCUUUUCAACAUGCUGUCACUAGAAGGCCCGAAUGAGAACGGCUCUGAGGCACCUUCCAGUGAUGAUAAUGGAUGGGCAGGUUUUCAAUCUGCUGAUGCUGUUGCGGCCACUGCUACUGGAGAAGUAUCAGCAACUGAUAAGGCUGAUCUACAAAAGACCGCGGAGUCGAAUAACACUCAUUCCACCCCUGUUAUUGAGGAUUUAUUUAAAGAUGAACCUUCUCUAUCAACAUCUUCACACUCUCAGAAACCCCAGAAAGAUGUUAAGACUGACAUUAUGAGCCUUUUUGAGAAGUCCAAUAUGGCCUCUCCUUUUGCUAUGCAUCAGCAACAAAUAGCCAUGCUAGCGCAGCAACAAUCCCUUCUCAUGGCAGCUGCAGCAAAAUCAGGUGGUAGUUCUGGUUCGACCAACAUUCAGCAACAAAUUGCUAUGCUAGCGCACCAACAAUCCCUUCUCAUGGCGGCUGCAGCAAAAUCAGCUGGUGGUUCUGGUUCAACCAACAGUCAACAACCGGGAGCCAAUGGUUUUAAUUCACCAGCUCAAACUUGGCCCAACAUUGGGUACCAGAUUCCUGGUUUAAUGGGGCCUGUGGCUGCGCAAGGCGACGUACAGAAACUUAUGCAGAGUGGUAACUUGGCAGCAACAACACAGCCGAUGGGAGUCUCAUCACCAUAUCCAGGAUCUAGCUUUUAUAGCAUGGUACAAGCAACCCCAGCUGUCAAUGGGGCGAGCACAACGGCUGGGGCGAGCAAACCACAAUCGGCAACUCCAGUAGUAGCAUCGAGCAAUUCGUCGCAGACUGGUAAAGAGUACGAUUUCUCGUCUUUAACUCAAGGCAUGUUCUCCAAGCAUUGA